CUUUACUGGGGGCGAUGCGGCGAUGAUUUCCCACUCGUCUCCAACCUGAUGCUUGGCCGGUCACUAAACCCCUAAAAUGGCUUGUCGCAUUCGCUGCCUUGCCUUCGAGAAGCCGGUGGAAUCUCCCGACGUGUCAUCACCCAUAAUAAGUAAACGAGACACGGCCAGUUUCGCUGAACGUUCAUCAUGCUCUCGACUCACUCGCAUAAGAGUCGGACAAGGAAUCCACGCCGUUUACCUUGAAUCCCGCGAUGUCAGAAAGCAGGCCAAAGGCUCGAGAAGGCAAUGCAUCUAUUCAUCUGACCGACUGCAGAGUCGGUGCAAACGCAACCACCAGGCUGGCCAGAUACGUACUUCACGCAUAGCUUAUCGAGCCAAUCAGCGAGGCCCCUUGCCUCUCCGGUCCAAAUCAUCAUGGAUCCAAAUGAUGCAGUUCGUUUCUCAUACCGGGGAAAGGCACAUGCCCCUAAGUUUCGCACUUUUGGCAUCCGUCCGACCCAAUCCUUUGCUGGAGCCAGUUAUCUGCCAAGGGGACGGGAACGACUAGUCACCUGUGCAGCCCUGGUGAUGCAAUUCCCGGAUGCCAAGCAGGAUCGCCCGGGUUUAUUUGAUCGCCGUCCGCCCUGCAGCAUUGUCCAUCUUCCUCUUUGUUGGCCUGGCUAAUUUUUUUUUUUCUUGUUUCUUUGUUUCUGACUGCAGAAAAGGACCGUCACUCGGAUGGUGCCAGCAUGCAUGCUGAUAAGCCGGGUGGG